AUGAGAUUCUUGAAUCUUCGUUCUGGUGUUAAUGUUGCUCCCUGGUGUCUGGAGACGUCGGUCCGGUAUUGUAUUAGGUUGGUACCUAUGAGACAGCCAAUACUGUGUAAAAAAUAUAUUCUGGUUGGAAGCUACAAGAACGCUAUUGACGACCUGGCUAGAGUGAAUGAUAUUCUACGACAGUGUGAUUUUCUUAUAUCCCCUCGGAAGGUAAUCAACAUUGACAUAGAGCCUGCUACUGACAUACUCGGAGUGAUCAUUGUGAACAAGCACAAGACUAAGUAUAUAAGAUUUAGUCGUACCAAAGAUACGGAAUGGAAGCAGAAGCUGCAGGCGUUCCUCAACGAGUCCAGUAUUACCUAUCAAAAUCUCCACUCCCUGCUUGGCUCGAUCCCCAAAUACUCGGUUGUAUAUAGUCCUUGGUUAAAAUCCCUCUGCUACAAGUUCCAAUCUAUAGCCAGCCGUGAACGGAAUCAGAAUGGUGACGAGUGGUACGAUAAUCUGAAAGAGGGACUUCAUGAAAUAGCAAAAGAAUGGAUAAGAGCAUCGAUUACCUUCGAGCCACUUAUGGUCUCCGUGUACAUCAAACCCCAGGAGAAGUUCACCAUCUACGUAAAUAGCUCCAAGAAUGCUAUUGGCUACAUGAUCUAUCAAAAUGAUAAUCUUAUUCACCAAGAUAACGAGAUCCUACCCUUCGAUCGGGCCUCACUGAACAUUACGUACAAGGAACUGGUUGCUCUACGAUCUCCAGUUAGUUAUAUCAGUCGACUCCAGACGCUCACCAAGAAGAAUAUUGGCCCUAUACAGUUCUACACCGACUCCAAGGUGUUAUAUAAUGUCAUUAAGAACGAGCGUGUAAAAUCUAUCCCAGCAGCGAGCCGUAACCAUGUCGAACUUAUACAUCGAGAAUAUGUUAUCAUCAGAGAGUUACUUACCGCUAUUGGUUGUAAGUGGCAGGUUAAGCAUAUCGAUGGCAAGGAGAACCCCAGUGAUCAGCUGACUCGGCAUCCACCCUUGGAUAUGAUGGUGACCUACGAGAAGACUUCACCGAUUACAAGAAGGAGGAUGAUGUGGUCAAUUGUAUAUCAAGCUCACAUCGAGUUCAACUCGAAGAAGAUUUCUACCAACCAGGAUAUUUAG